CUUGAUGAGAGCGGCUAAAACAACUGUAGUCGCGCCAUGGAUCCUGCUGUUAUUUCCGCACUUCAUUGUCUUGAAAAUGAUCACCAUGAACAACUGGACUUUGAGGAUGAGAAUUUUUUAAUAAACCCAUGGGAGACAGAACUACUUUCUUUAAAGAAUAAUAAAAGAGAGUAUCAUGAAAGUUCAGCUUCCUCUUCAAGUUCAGACAGUUCUGAGUCAAGUCCUUAUGAUGAAGGUGAAAUGAGAAGUAGUGACGAGUCGGAGUUCAGCAAGGACGAACAGAGUUCCGAAGAAGGGGAAGUGCAGUCUGAAAUUGAUGAGAUCGAGGGAACAGCAGAUGUGGUAGUAAAAAAGGACGAAACACCUUGGGAACGUGGUCUGCGUUUAGCACGUGAACGUUUAGAACGUGCAAAAGCUUUAAAGGCUAAGGAAAAAGAUCUCGUUGAAAAGCGUAUGAAUUUACCGGUACCCGCACCGGCGGUGGAUAAGAAAGUUGAAACUCCUGUAGAAGAUGAUUUUUUAUGGCCUUGUUAUUAUCAAGUAUGUAUUAUUGGACGCACUGAACUAACUGGUCACCGAUAUCUUCCGGAGGAUAUUCUUCCUCCAAGUGCAAAAGACACAGCAGAAUGGCGAAGAAGAGUUACGAAACAUCGUCGUAGUCGAAGUGCUAGUCGGCGUUUCUCAUCCGCAUCGUCAUCAUCCUCAGUUUCAUCUUCAUCAAGAAGCUCUUCUCGUAGUUCUGCGGCGUCGUCAAAUAUUUCCUCCUUAGCUUCUGUCGCAGUGUCGUGGAAAGAAACUUGUGCUAAGGCUAUGAAGCCUUACUUAAGAUCACCUAGACGUCACGGAAAAUAUGAUAGCAGACAUUCUUCCGCUACCAAUUCUCGCUCGUCUGAUUCCGAUUCUGGGUCUGGUCGUUCUCGUUCUUCUUAUCCUACCGCAGCGAGCGGUGCAAGAUCUGGUGCUAUGAAUGAUCGUGGCCGCAGCUACUGGGGAGCUGGAAAGCACCGAGGUAGAAAUAUAGAAUCUGGAAAUUCGUCUGCGUCAAGAUCGGGCUCUAAAUCUUCGGCAGGAUCUCGUGGUCGUAAGAGCGGUGGUAAUCAAACUUGGUUCAGAGGUCCUGGAGGACGCGGGGGAGAUUCGAAGAAUAAAACUGGUCGACGAUCAAAAUCACCUGUUACCUCACCACCUCGACGACGUACUGAUGUUCCACCGCUUCCGAAUGAAAGACCAGUAAAGAGACCUUGGGUUAUAGCACCAUCUCUUGCUACUACAGCACAAAAUGUACCGAAAAGUGAUGGACACACUAAAGAACGUUCUCAUUCAUCCUCAAAAUCACCAACUCCUUCUGGUGAUAAAGAUACUGGAGAAAAACGAUACAUUACUUCAUGGUCUCGUAGUCCAUCUUCUGGAGGUGAGAAUGGUCGUGAUGUUACUGUUCAUCGUCAUGAACGUUUACCUGAUGUAAUUCCUGGCCCACAACAUGUACGGAAUAGACGAAGUGGUGUUGCGUCACCAUUACGCAGAAAGAAAAGUCGUAGCCCAUUUGCAGAUGACGCAACUAGACCAUCUACUUUGACUAAUUGGGCUCCAAAAUCUGUCAGUUAUCCAGAAAACGCAAGAAAUGAUAUGCCCAACAGUCAAACCAGUACCAUUAAUGAUCAAAACUGUCCAGUUGUUAUGGAACAACACAUUGAACCUGAUGCAUUAUACCGUUCUAGUAAUACUGAUACUCUUUCAAACACCGUUGUAAAUUCUGCUCAGUCAGUUUCAACUGGUGGUGCUGUUGGUGCUGGUGAACUUCCACCAAAUCGACCUGGUGUUCGUUUAACAUUGGCGCCACGAAUGAAGGCUGCACCUGUAGGUAUCAGCUCACUUGCAAAUGCUGCACCUUCUCGUACAUCUACUAACCGCCUGCCACCCCAACCAUCAUCACCACCACCCCAAUCUCGACAAAUUCGACCUCCUGGCGUUCCUAUUUUGCAUCGUCAUACGUCUCCUAUUGAUACUAACCAACAUUCUACUGUUGGCACUAAUAUUAUUAACAUGCCCAUGACACAGACUCAAGUUCGUUUACAGGCAGAAGCCGCAGCGGCUGCAUUGGAAAUACGUGAGCGACGAAGAGCGGCAGCUGAAGCGGCGAACAAGAAUAGACGACCACGUCGACGUAAACGAACAGAUUUGGAAAGCAUACCUGUGCGUGGAAGACCGACUUAUAGGCGAAAAUCAUUUUCAGCUUCUUCAGAGGCAUCUGGCAGUUCUAGCUCUUCUAAUUCUUCCAGAUCACCAUCUAGUGAACGUUCUCGUUCUGACUCAGGUAGACCUGCUGCAGUUCGACAUAAUCCUGCGGGUCGUCAAGCACCACUCAUUAAACAUGACCAAGAGGGUGUCCGCCCAAGUGGUCGUAAACGUGUUCGUCAAGAUACGCAACGUACAAGCCUAAAAGAGAUUGAUGAGAAUACAACACGUCGACAUGUAGGACGUAGCAUGCUACCAAACAGUAUUGAUCCUCGUGAACCAUUAGAAUACGUUCGAUAUACUAAGCAAUCAGAUUUUAAUGAACGUUCUACGCAUAGAACACGUGGGACAGAUCAAUUUAUUCAGAAACCUAUACAACCUAUGAAACGAUCCUAUCCCUCUGGCGUCGAGGAAAUGCCAGUACGGCAACGUCCGGAACGAGAUUCACGUCUGCCUGGUGCUCACUAUCCAAAUCAGUCUGUUGACGAACUGCACAGAGUUGUCAAUCCUGAGAGUAGGCGUACUGCCGUUAGUCAGUUCAAUAUGCCAACUAAGGAGAGGAUAAUUAGACCGAGAACACCUCAUGGUUUAGAAAUGAUCGAUUUCAGGAGCCGAUCACCUCAUGCAGAUGUCGAUAUAUUGCCUAAAAUUAUUCGUCUUGAUCGCGAGCAAUAUCGCAGAGUUAACUACGACGUACCAGAUGUCAGUGUUUGCGAAAAAUCAUCAGCUGAUUUAACAAUGGUUGACUCUACAGAUAGUUUUGGUGCUAAACGUGCUCGUAGUCGUCAUCGUAGUAGAGGACCUGGUGUAACUAUUGAUCGGUCUGAACCAUUUGAAUCAGAUACAGGAAGUUUUGCUGCAGAACAACGUCUUAGAAAACUUCGCGAGCGUUUGAACUUAGUUGAUGAUGCAAUCGCAGAAAUUAAAGCCGGUACUGGGGCACAAUCCAAUUUUAAUUUUGGCGAUAUUCGAAGAUGAUAAAGACUACCAUAGUUAUUAAUCAAAUCAUCAAAAUGUACAUUGUUGUCUCCAUUUUAUUUCUUUCUGCACAAAAGACAACUCGCUAUAUUUAUUCCCUUCCCCGAUCUUGUCUAAGUCAAUUGUUUGUAUCGUGUUUUUCCUAUCAAUUAUAGUCAGUUUUAUCUGACAUACCACUGUCUAACUACCAUCUUUAAUGGGAUAAAAUUAAGACCCGUUGCAUUGGAUGAAACAGUUUUCGUGAUAUCUGUCGUUGGCUUGUGUAAUAAUCAUUCUUAUCAACGCAUGUGGUGAUGUAAGUGUAACCAAUAGCUACGAUCAAUGUCGUCUUAAUUUUUAAUGCAACUCAGUAAAUAAAGCUCGAGUUUG